AUGUCGGAGCUAACCUUGACGAAGGUUAUUGUAAUUUUUGAAACGUUAAGGAUAUUAUGUGUUAUUAGGCUUAACCUGAAGGGAGAAACCGCAAUUUCAGCUUCCAAAAAGGUCAAUCUUAAAACCCUAGACAAACCGGAUUCAGUUCUCAACUUCUUCAUCAACCAUGGAUUCAGCAAAACCCAGGUCUCAUCUGUCAUCAGAAAACGCCCACAACUUCUCUUAUGGGAUCCCAAGAAAGAGCUUUUGUCGAAAUUCGACUUCUUUUACUCCACCGGAAUAUCCAGCACUGAGCUCGCGAAGAUGGUGUCCAAUUACCCACUUAUAUUGACACGAAGCUUGGCGAACCAUAUCAUUCCAUCUUUCACUUUGUUCGUUAAUUUAUUUGAUUUACAUGAUAAGUUUAUCACCGUCUUUAAACGAUUUCCUAGUAUUUCUAGGUCACUCAACCUAAACCUUGAUAUAUUUAAUGAGGUAGUGGAGGAUGUUAAGAAAUUGGGUUUCAACCCUUCAAACGCCAAGUUUGUUACAGCGAUUACGGCAUUGACCUCAAUGAGCAAAUCAACAUGGAAACGGAAGAUGGAGGUUUAUGAGAAGUGGGGUUGGUCUGAGGAAGAAACAUUGUUGGCUUUUUCAAAACGUCCGAUGUGUAUGAUGGUAUCCGAGGAGAAGAUAAUGGCGGUGCUGAAUUUUUAUGUCAACACAAUGGGUUGGAAGUCUUCCCUAAUUGCCCGUCGUCCAAGAUUAAUGUCAUUCAGCUUGGGUAAGAGGAUAAUUCCAAGGUGUUCGGUACUUCAAGUUUUGUUGUCGAAAGGUUUGGUUAAGGAACCCAUUAAUGCUGAGACAAUGUUGAAUUGCACACAGAGUUUGUUUCUCAAGAAGUUUGUGACUUGUUACGAAGACGAAGCUCCUCAGUCGUUAAAACUAUAUCAACAAAAAUUGGACCUUUCAAAUUUAGGUACUCGUGAUUGA